AUGGAAAAACAAUUAAAAACCAUAACACAUGUUUAUUCUACAGUAUAUCAUGGUGAAGAAAAAUGUCUGGAAGAGGCUAUCUUAUUACCAAUUAAUAAUGCGAUAAUAUAUCCAAAUAAUAAAAUAUUAUAUAAAAAAUCAGAUAAUAAUAUAGAUUUUAUAGAUAUUUCGAAUAUAGAUAAACAAAUAUUUUUCGAUAAAGGGUCUAAUCAAGAUACGGUUUAUGAUAAUGUUAUAAAAAAAUAUAAUUUAGCUAAAAAUCGUUUAAAUUUUAAUCCAGAUGAAUAUCAAUGUGAAAUGAUAGAUAGUGGCUAUAAAUUUAUUUUAAAUUUAAUAGAUAAUAAAUUACCGACAAUUAUUGCAAUUUCAGAAAUUUAUCCAACAUAUUUUGAUCUUGGAUUAUGUUCAAAUGAUUCAAAUAGUCGUUGUUUAGAUUAUAGUUGUAGAAAUGUUGAUAAUUUAAUACAUUCGGGUGAUGUUAAUAUAGGUAAUUCAUUAUUGCAUUGUAUAUCUGGUCAAUUUAAUAAUAGAAUGAAAUAUGUGACUAUUAUUUCUGGAUAUUCAAAUACACCAUUAUAUCGUUAUAUUGAACGACGACCAAUAGUUACAAUUAUUGAUCAUGAAAAAAAAAUAAUCUAUAUUGUUUCUGUGCCAUUAGAUCAAUUUACUAUAGGAGAAUCAACUAUAUGUUUACCAAUUGAAGAAUCAGUUGAAGAAGAACAAACAAACGAAGAAACAAAAGAAAUAAUAAUUGAUUCAUAUAAAUCAACAUUAUUGAAUCAUGUAGAAUGUGAACAAUCGGAUAAAGAAGAAUAUAAAACAUCAUCAUCAUCUGUGACAAUGGGUAAACAUUCUGUUUUAAUAUAUAGUGAAUAUCAAAAUAUUUAUUCAAAUGAAGAGUUAGAUAUUGGUCAACAUCAUUUUCCAAAUUUAAUACCUGUGAAAGGGGUUGCCAUUUUAUUUGCUAGUAAAACUGUACCAAAAGUAAAUACAAAUCAUAAACAAAUUGAAAAAAUACGUAAAAUAAUAUUUGAAAAUACAUUUCCAAUAUUUAUUAUUGGUAAAAUGGAUGAUUUAUGUCGUCAAGUAUCAAUUCAAUUAAAAAUAACUGGUAUUUAUAUAUGUAUUGUUGAUUAUCCAGGUGAUAUUAUAAUGAUAGAUGAUCAAAAAAGAAAUGAAUUUUUAGAAAAUACAUGUAUGAAUGGUGUAACAGCAUAUGCUGGACCAUUAUCUAUUGUUCUUAUUGGAAUUUUGAAUGCAAAUACACAAAUUUUACAAUAUUUUUAUGUUGAUGGUAUACAAUAUGAAAGUUUUAUUGAUUUUAUACCAACAUUUGGUACAGAUAUAACAAAAAUUAUUGAAAAUAAGAUGUUAAAUUAUAUAAAAAAUCAUUCAUCUGAUAAUUGUAUUGUUGAUAUUAGUAAAGAAAUUAUUUUAUUUAAUAAUGAAUUUCUAUCAUUUGAUAUUUUUAAAAAUAAAAUGAUAGAAAUGACAUUAGAUAAUAUUAUUAAUAAUAAAUAUAAAAUUCUUGAUGUUCCAUCACAAUGUCAACGAUUAUACGAUAGUGAAAUAAUGAAUAAAUAUUCAAAUGAAUUAGUUUUAUUAUUAGAAAAUAAAAUAAGUCAAGUUAUUAACGAAUAUAAAAAAUCUUUUAUUUAUAUUUUUGAAUCGACUAUGGAUAAUAAACAAAAAUUAUAA